AUGAGCGAGCUCCACGAGGAGAGUGAGUCCAGCCUUCAGGACCCAAGGGAGGCUGAGAGCCCAAUGGAGGCACAGUUCAUUUGGGUGGGGGAGGAGGAGGGAGGGGAGGUGGAGGAGGAGAAGGAGAUGGAGGUGGAGGAGGAGGUUGCAUCCCUUUCCCCCUCCUCCUUGCUUUCCUCCUCCUCCUCUGAAGGUGCCAAGUCCAUGCACCCAGACUCACUGCAUCUGCUGGUGGUGGAGCUGGUACACUUCCUGCUCCUCAAGUAUUGCACCAAGGAGCCGACCACGAAGGAUGAGAUCCUGAACAUGGUCCUCAAAGAAGACGGGCACCACUUCCCUGAGGCCUUUCGCCAAGCCUCAGACUGCCUGCAGCUGGUUUUCAGUGUGGAUGUGAGGGAGGUGGACCACACGAAGCACACCUACAUGCUAGUCCCCACCCUGGGCCUCACCUGCAAUGGGAUGGUGAGCGAUGGGCACAGCAUGCCGAAGACCAGCUUCCUGGUGGUGGUUCUAGGCAUGAUCCUUCUGGAGGGCAACUGUGCCCUUGAGGAGGAGAUCUGGGAAACCCUGAACGACAUGGGUGUAUAUGCUGGGAGGGAGCACUACAUCUAUGGGGAGCCCAGGAAGCUGCUGACCCAAAUGUGGGUGCAGGAGGGGUACCUGGAGUACCAGAUGGCUCCCCACAGUGACCCUGUUCACUACGAGUUCCUGUGGGGUCCCCGGGCCUAUGCAGCGACCAGCAAGUGGCACGUCCUAGAGCAUCUGCUCAGAAUCAAUCAAGGGGCUUCCAGGUCCUUCCUACUCCCAUCUUCAAAGGCUGUGAGGGAGGAGGAAGUGGGGCCCUGA